UUGAUUGGAUGUUUAAAUCCAGGUUAUAUUUCAUGAAAUCUGAUUCUUUAAAUAGGACAUUAUAGAUUUCUGCAGCACCACACUGAUAAGAGCAGCGCUCCUGUAUCCAUCCUUUUCACAAUCUGCUGAUUCUCGCUCAUCUAUUUGAGAUCUGCCUCCAACAUGUAGCCACCCGCGUACUGAUAGCAGAGCUCCAUCCAUGCCGUGUCUAAACAGCGACUUUUGCAUCCACCCAGCCGGCCGUGACACAAACAUCCCGUCCUGUGUUCUUUCACCAUGCUGCAGAUCGGAGAUGAGGUGGUGUAUUUCUCAGUGGUGUUUCUGCUGGUUGUACUGGUAACUAGAAGCGCCACUUGGGCCACCCUCCUCACCGCGUUUCUCUACAUCUUCAUGGUGAUGUUCCGCUUCCCUCCGGUGCCGGCGGACCGGGCCGCUCGAGUCCUGCGGCCCGGCGCUCUCUCCUCAGGCGGCGGCGUCCCGGUGGUGGCGCACCGCGGAGGAAGCCACGACGCUCCGGAGAACACCUUGGCAGCGAUCAGAGAGGCUAGUAGGAACGGGGCCACCGGAGUGGAACUGGACCUGAGUUUCACAGCCGACGGAGUCCCAGUCCUGAUGCACGAUGAGACCGUGGACCGAACCACCAAUGGGUCUGGACCAAUCAGCAAACUUCAGUUUGUUCAGCUCAGGAGACUCAAUGCUGCUGCUCACCACAGGAUGAAGGACAGAUUUAAUGUAGAGAAGGUUCCAACUCUGCAGGAAGCUGUGGAGGAAUGCAUCAGGCACCAGCUGACCAUCUUCUUUGAUGUCAAAGGUCAACCUGAUAUGGCUGUAUCAGUGCUUCAUAACAUGUUUAAGAAGUUCCCGGUGCUUUACAACUCCAGCGUCGUUUCCUCCUUUGAACCCAAAGUCAUCUACAAGAUGCGUCAGACUGACCCCCACGUGAUCACAGCUCUCACCCACCGGCCCUGGAGACUGAGCCGUUUUGGAGACGGCACGCCUCGUUCUCUGUCGACGUGGAGCCAGUUGUGGACCGGUGUUCUGGACGUCUUGUUGGACUGGGCCCACCAUCGCGUACUGUGGAAACUUUGUGGGAUCUCUGCCAUUCUUGUGCAGAAAGACUUCAUCUCACGGGACUAUGUUCAGUAUUGGGCAGAGCGAGGAGUGGAGGUGGUGGGCUGGACUGUUAACACUGCUGUGGAGAAGGAGUACUACCAAAACCUGCUGAAGAUCAGCUACAUGACUGACAGUCUGCUGGAGGACUGUGAUCCUCAUUAUUGAGCGAUACCACACAGCCACACUCACAGAAAUCAUCCCGGCUUACAGGUUCUCAAUAUAACCAAAUUAGAUCUUAGAAACUCGUUGGUUUGACAAAGGGUAUAAUUAAGAAGUGCAAUCAUUCAUUUCUACUCCUGCGUACAAGUAAAUAAAAACCAUACCCGAUUUAAAGUGGUUAAUCUCCCCUUCAAGGCAGCCUCCUUAGGAAGUCCUCUUGCUCUUCCAUAAAUCUCCUCUGUGUCAAAAUGGUGACCCUUCAACUUGAAUUCCCUCAGAAAUCUCAGGACAUUACAGUACACCUCAGAGUGAACAGUGUCAGCCUGGGAUGGGAACAGUCACAGCUCGAAACCUGCUCGGUGCUGCAAAAAUGAUGAGCGUGCGUGGUGUGUAGUGAAAUCAAAGAGGCACAAGAACGAGUGGUCACGACUGAAGUGCUGCAGCGCCUCACAAGGAGCUGACUUUUAGGUGGCGAUCAGUCAGAUUCAUAACCAGUGCAGAUUAUUUUUAAAGAAUAGCAACACACGUCAUUUUUCCUUUUAAUAAUCCUAAAAAUCGUAUAUAAUAAAGUGAGAGUGUUGAUAAUACUGAAAGAUAAAUUAUAAAAUGGAAUAAAGCUAGAAGUUUGGUGCUAGCUAAUUCUGUGAUGGCAACCAGUUCCACAGAAAUACACCGGUUUACAGUGUUGUGCAAAAGUCUUGAGCUAACACUUGUUUCUUUAUAUAUCUUUGAGUAAUCUUCAGGAGUAGUUCCCAGGCUUCUUGAAGGACAUUCAAAGCUCUUCUUUGAAUGUUUCUGCCUUUUGUGUCAAGACGCUUCAGUAAAGUUGAGGCUCGAGCUCUGCAGAGGCCGAUCCAUGAUUGAUAGUUUCCUAUUGUAUGUUAUCCAUGUUGUUUUUACUGCAUUGGGAGUGUGUUGGAUCAUUGUCAUGCUGUCCACAUCAUUCAGUCCAGUUCUUGUGUAGUUCAGCAUACCUCCGCCUUUUCUCCUCUUUUCCCUUCCUUACAAAUGGCUCCGUGACCGCCGUCCUUCCACCGAGACCAUUUGUGAUGAGCGUUCAGUGAACAGCAGACGGCUCAACUGAAGGUUCAGAAGCAUCUCUCAAGUUCUGUAUCAAACCUGAAUUUUCUUUCCUAUGUCUUAAGAAGAUGACUUUCACAUACUGUUCAUGUACUGUUCCUGCUCAUAUAUAUAUCUGCAGAUGCUGUAGAUAUAUAUAGUUUUUAGAAACUACUACAUCUUCUUUUAUCCUGCACUUGUCCAGCUUCCUCAAAUGCUGUAAGGACCGGCUGCACACCAUGCUGGGAUUUUUCAGUUUUUGGCUGUUUGUGAAUCACCUUGUUGGUGCAAAAAUACUUUUUUAUAUCUGCUAGAAAGAAAGUGCCUAAACACACAAUUUCAAAUGGGUUCUUUGCAAAGUUGUCUGUUAUGUGUAGACACAUACAAUAGGAAUUAUUCAUAGGUCAAGUGUUAAGUCCCUUAACAAAAACAAACAAACCGAAAUUAUUCCCCUGAAAAUGAUCAGGUACAAGGACUGGACUGAAAAUGAGUGAAAAAGCAGCCAAAGUCCAAACAAAAACUUUGAAAGACCUUCAGAAAGCCCAAAGAACUAUUGCUCAAGACCACCUUUUGAAAACUUCCAGUAAAAUCUGACUCUUCUUCUAGUUACCUGUAGCUGGCACACAGGCUAUACAAACAUGCGACACCAUGAAGGAACAUGUGCAGACUUGUCACCUUUAUUCUACUGCCGGCAGUAACACCUCCACCUCACCUGGACCAGGGAUAAGCAUUUUCUCUACCUGCUGUGCUGCUGAUCUUCCACAGGUUUUACUGCACCUUUAAAGAGACAACAAUGUAUGUAUAUAGUGGUUACAUAACAUUUAGGCAUCAUAUUUACUGCUUGUCAUGAUGACAUUGUCAUAAUGGUAAAAGAUCUCAUGUCACUGCUAUGUGAUGUUUAUUUAAUCCUGCAGCUGCACAAAAACACAAGAAACUGUGCUGCAUGUAAGACAGUGAUAAUAUGGGUUAAUUGUACAAUUCAAAAGUGCAAGCAGAAGCACCAACUCAAAUAUUUCUAUAUUGUUUUAAUGCGUGUGUCAAUAAAAGAGGGUUUUGUUUAAUCUGAGAAAAAGUGGGUCAUGAAUCAUGCGAGGUGACACACGCAGAACAUCUCAUUCAUUACUGUAACUCAUAUUUAUUCCUCUGAUGUUUCAGGUGUGUUUCUGUGUCCAACUGCUGCUAAUAGUUUCAUUUACAGGGUCAAAGUUUGCUUUCUUACUUUCUUAAUGAACACUUGAGUUGUACUCGUGUAAAGAUAAGUAAAAAUAUAUAUAUAUAU